AUGAGGUUCCUGCCUGGUGCACAACCAGGGUGGAGGAGGGAAGCGGAGGCGUUGGAGUGGAGGACUCAUGGGACUGGAUGGGACUGGAUGGGAAUGGAUGGGAAUGGAUGGGACCGGAUGGGACUGGAUGGGACUGGAUGGGAAUGGAUGGGAAUGGAUGGGAAUGGAUGGGACUGGAUGGGAAUGGAUGGGAAUGGAUGGGAUGGAUGGGACUGGAUGGGAAUGGAUGGGAAUGGAUGGGAGUGGAUGGGAAUGGAUGGGAAUGGAUGGGACUGGAUGGGAAUGGAUGGGAAUGGAUGGGACUGGAUGGGACUGGAUGGGAAUGGAUGGGAAUGGAUGGGAUGGAUGGGACUGGAUGGGAAUGGAUGGGAAUGGAUGGGAGUGGAUGGGAAUGGAUGGGAAUGGAUGGGACUGGACGGGAAUGGAUGGGACUGGAUGAGAGUGGAUGGGACUGGAUGUGAAUGGAUGGGAAUGGAUGGGAAUGGAUGGGAAUGGAUGGGAAUGGAUGGGAUGGAUGGGACUGGAUGGGAAUGGAUGGGAAUGGAUGGGAUGGAUGGGACUGGAUGGGAAUGGAUGGGAAUGGAUGGGAGUGGAUGGGAAUGGAUGGGAAUGGAUGGGACUGGACGGGAAUGGAUGGGACUGGAUGGGAGUGGAUGGGACUGGAUGUGA